GUUGAUAAAUACAGACGAGUCGAGAAGAGGAGUUCAGAAGAUCUCUGACUGAUUCAAGAAACAUAUACCAGCAUUUUUUGCAGACUCAUCGAGCUCACAACGUGGAAGCUGGAGGGGCAACAUGUGGUUCUGGACACUGCUCUUGGUUUCUCUGGCCUUGCCCACCACCUCAUCAAGAAGUCGGGAGUGGGCCCAUCAAGGAGCCAUGAUGUACGCCGAUCUCAAUCCUCGUGAGAUGUAUGCUGUGAGAGACUACCUGUACUCCUGCAGUGAGCUGGGCCUCACCUCAGCCAGGGACAAGUCUUUAAUGAAGAACAGCAUCCUUCUUAUGGAGCUUCAUGUCCCUCGCAAACACGAGGCCCUGCGAGCGCUGGACAGGGGUCAGGCCAAACCUCCACGUCAGGCACGUGUGGUAGUGCAGUUCGGUAACCAGGCCAAACCCAAUGUGACGGAGUACAUCAUCAGCCCCCUGCCUUUCCCGAGCUCUUAUCAGGCCAAGACUUUUAAAGGCGACCGGUCGGUCAGCUUUGAGUCAAGGCCGAUUACAGUCGUGGAGUACCAACACCUGCAUACAUUUUUGGAAAAAGUUGCAAGUAAAGUCAAUCAGAUUCUUCAGGAGAGCACCGGAUUCACCUACGGUAACUGCACCGACCGCUGUCUGACGUUCUCGGACAUUGCACCUCGUGGGUUAGCACCCGGCGAGAGGAGGACGUGGGUCAUGUUGCAGAAGUUUGUGGAGGGUUAUUUUAUUCACCCAGUGGGCUUUGAGAUCCUCAUCAACCAUAAGGAUUUGGAUCCUGGAAAGUGGACGGAGGAGAAGGUGUGGUAUAACGGACAGUAUUUUGACAGUGUGGAUGAGCUCGUGGAGAAGUAUGAGAAGGGCACGAUCAAUAAACAUAAGUUGCCCGUUCACGAUGAGGAAGAUCUGUUUUCCACUUACAUUCCUCGAGGACACAUGAACACGCGGACGAAUGUUCAUGGAGCAAAGCUUGUAGAACCUCAAGGCCGCAGAUUUCAGGUGGAUGGGAACUUUGUGGAGUAUGCCGGAUGGUCUUUUGCAUACAGAGUGCGCUCUUCGGCUGGAUUGCAGAUAUUUGAUUUACGCUUUAACGGCGAGAGAAUCGCUUAUGAAGUCGCUAUACAAGAAGCCAUCGCAUUUUACUCCGGAGAUACACCCGCCGCCAUGCAGACCAAAUUCAUUGAUGCCGGGUGGGCGAUGGGGACGUCAGAUUACGAGCUGGCUCCAGGGAUCGACUGUCCGGAAAUUUCUCAAUUUGUUGAUCUUUAUCAUUACUAUGACACAGACAAACCUGUACGAUACAGAAACGCUAUGUGCAUCUUUGAAAUGACCACAGGUCUUCCUCUGAGGAGACACUUUAAUAGCAACUUCAAAGGGGGGUACAAUUUUUUCGGAGGUCUUGAAAACCACGUUCUGGUCAUCAGAACUACAUCUACCGUGUACAACUACGACUACAUCUGGGACUUUAUCUUUUAUCAGAAUGGUGUCAUGGAGUCGAGGGUGAGCGCCACCGGGUACAUUCAUGCCACAUUCUUCACGGAGAAUGGACUGAACUACGGAACCAAGGUUUACAACUACGUACUCGGCAACUUGCACACACACCUGAUUCAUUACAAAGUGGACCUUGACAUCGCAGGGAGACACAACAGCUUUGAGUCUAUCGAUCUGAAAUAUGUAAACUUUACUAACCCCUGGAGCCCAGAACACAGCAUCGUUCAGUCUAAACUUCACCGGACGCAGCACCAAACAGAACGCAGCGCUGCUUUCCGCUUUGGAAAGAAGUUUCCAAAAUAUCUGCACUUCUACAAUCCAAACCAAAACAACAAGUGGGGACAUAAGAAGGGCUAUCGGAUCCAGUAUAACUCUCACGCCAACAGUGUUUUGCCACGGGGCUGGAGGGAGGAAAGCGGUAUUUCGUGGUCGAGAUACCCGUUAGCUGUAACCAGACAUAAGGACAAUGAGGUCACCAGCAGCAGCAUCUACACACAGAAUGACCCCUGGGAACCCGUCGUGUCUUUUGAGGACUUCAUUCGCAACAAUGAGAAUAUUGUGAACCAGGAUUUGGUUGCCUGGGUAACAGUGGGAUUUCUUCACAUUCCUCACUCGGAGGACAUUCCCAACACAGCAACUCCAGGAAAUGCGGUGGGAUUCUUCCUGCGUCCCUUCAACUUUUUUGACGAAGAUCCAUCGCUCGCGUCCCGCAGCACUGUCAUUGUCCGGCCGGAUGAAAAGGGUCAGCCGAAGGUUCAGAGAUGGACUCCAGAGGUCAUAGGUCACUGUGUAUCUGACAAGCCUUUCUUCUACAACGGUACAUACGCUGGUGUGUAAACAGAGACUCGGUUUAUUGAAUCUUGUGUUUUGUGCUGUAUAUAACAUUAGAAAAAGUUCAAAAUUUAUGAAAUAGAUGCUAAUUGAAAUGCUAUAUUUACAUUUAUAUAAUGCAGUGCACUUGUUGCAUCAUCACCUGGGAAGCAAAACUAUAAAACUAAUUAUAGAACAUAAAAAACACACCAACAAGCUUGAUUUUUCAACAGUGAUGAAAACAUGAUCGUUGCGACAAAUAAAAAAAAAACAUUUUUGAGCCUGUUAAUGUCGUGAUCACUUAAUAAACAAUGUCCCUGAAACCCCAAAAUCAAAGAGAAUCAAGUAUAUUUUGCAAAAGUUUUUCUGCAAAAAUGAACAUAAAAUUCUGCUGUAUUAUAAUUAAAUAUCAUUAUUCUCAUGUGUUUGUACAUUGCUAAACUAGUAAGUGAAUUUUAUCCAGAGUGACAUACAAAUAAGAGAACAUUUUACAUUUUGUCAGUUUUCAUCAAGAUUUAUUUGUUCGUUUCAUCAUAAAACUAGUGAAAAUCAGACUGGAAAUAAUAUCAGAACCAAAAAAUAAAGUGUGAAAUAUUACCUGGA